CGGCGCUAAUAUCAGAUUCCAAAAAUGGCAAGUUACGAGCCUGCAGCGUCGCCAGGUGACAGUGGGUCUCCGAUCCUUGAUGUUUUCGAAGAAUGCCAGCUAAGCAGUCUGUCACAUGACCGCCUAUGUAUAAAGCUGAAAAACGUCUAUGACAAUAUGCGCUUCACACAUUUUGCUGAUGAUUUCUUUGAGCUUUGUCGCUACAGUUUGGUGUCUGGUGAACGGUCACCAUAUCGAGAGAGAACAAUUGACUUCAUUACAAAAUUCGCACUUUUUUGUGGGAAAUCAGAUGAGAAUAACGAUCAAGAUGCGGUGAAUAAUCGUCUGUUAUUGAAACUUUUUCUGUUUUGUAUUAAGUAUAAUGACUGUUUAAAUGCUGCUGUGCGAUUUCGGUGUACACAAAUUAUUCACAAAUUACUUGAUGGUAUCGGAGACAAUGGGGUAAUGCCUGAGGAUUUAUACGAAAAACUGCAAAGUGUGCUAUUACGCCGUGUUUUUGAUACCAAGGUUUGUGUUCGUGUUGAGGCAAUUCAGGGAAUUUCACGUAUGCAGGACCCUACUGAUGCUGAAUGCUCUGUAGUAGAAGCACUUAUGUGGCUUACACGUCAUGAUCCUGCAUCUGAGGUGAGACGUACUGGCUUAGCAGCAAUGGUGCUGACCACACGUACUUUACCAAUUCUUGUGGAACGUUGUCGGGAUGUCGCUGAUAGUGUGCGCCGUACUGCUUACAAACUUUUAUCUUCUCGUGCUAUUUUGCGACCUUUGUCAAUUGCGAAUCGUAUUCGUAUUCUGCAGUUCGGAUUGUCAGAUGUAUCAGAAGAUGUUCGUAAAGCAGCUAAACAAUUGGUUUUGUCUUGGUUUAAUGCAACGAAUAGAGAUCCAGUCCAACUUUUAAGACGAUUGGAUCCUGAAGGUGAUCCGGCAGCAAGUCAGAAUGCUUUAGAUAGUCUUUUCGAAAUCUUAUCAUUGAAUGAACUAGUCAAAAUUGUAGAGGACUGGUCAGCAAAUUAUUUGAAUCCUGAUACUCGGACUCUCAAAGCUGAUUGUCUUACAUCUGAGGGGACAUUUUUCUGGCGGGCUCUAGUUGAAUUUAUUGUCAAGAAAGAGAAAAAUACCAGUGGAGUAGGCAACAACGCUCUGGUGCCCAAUGAAGAUCCCGACGAUGGCGAAGAAUCCAAUGCAUUACAGUUAUUGGCUGAUUUAGUUCAGCCAUCUGUUAGUGCGUAUGUUGAUCUGGCUAAAAGUGUUGUAGAAAAACUUGUUCAAACUGUUCUUGCACAAGAAUUUGAUGAAAAGGCUAUUGAACAAGAGUGUAUAGUUGAACAAAUUCUAUCUAUGGCGAGUUCACUUGAUCUUAGCGAUGAAUUCGGUCGAAGACGUCUUGUAUUGUUAGUUCGUGAAUGGAUAACUAGUCAGCAAGUGUCGGGUUCAUUGGCACCCCAAUUGUUAAAGUUAUAUGGGAUUUUAGAACCAAGUUCGCGACGUUGCAUAAACGAUGUUAUUGAAAUGAUUAGUGAGCUAUGUGAUCCAGUGGAACCACAAAAUCCAGUCUCUGUACCAAAUGAAUUGGUGAAUAGUUGUACUGAUACUACUACUAUAGGUCGUGAGAUUCGUACAGAUCAACCUGCACUUUCAAAGAAAAAGGACUUAGAUUUACGUUUAAAGAUUGCUAGUCUUGAAGUUCGUAUGAAUGAAAUCAGUGAAUCAUUACACAGUUGUGUUUCUCGCAAAGAAUUUGAACGUGCCACAGAACUUCGAGAUGCUUUUAAUAGGUUAGACAAAGAGCGUACAGAAUUGUUACAAGAAUUACACGGACGUGUUGCAAUCUUGACAGAAAAACCAUCAUCUUCAACGGGUACUGGUGAACAAAUGGAUAAUGAAAGUAAAGUAUUCCCCAAUAAUGAUGGUAAUGAUAAUGCUGAUCAUGCUGGUGAUGAUGAGAUCAAAGGAACUGAAGACAUAGCUGAAAGUCUUUUUCAACGUUGUUCAUCUGCUGUAUUAUUCAAAGCUAACAGAAUGGCUUGUUUAAUUGUACAGCAAUCUCCUAGUCUAUGGUGUCUACCAGCUUCACUGCGUUCAUUAUUGGAUAGUCUAAUAUUACCGAGUAUACAACAUUCAGAUGUCGCUGUUCGUAAUCAGGCAAUCUUGGGAUUGGGCCUCUGUUGUUCAAUGGAUUUACCACUUGCUUUGCAGUAUAUUCAUGUAUUUUACUCAGCUAUGCGUGUAGAUCAUUUGAUGAUAAGUGAAACAGCCUUAGGCUGUAUUCUAGAUUGUUUGCUAGUCUUUGGAUUUCUACCAUUCCAUGAUGCAAAUAUCAAUCCAAAUGUACGACUAUUACCAACAGAUACGAUUUCUACUUCUGCUGAUGAUGAUAAUGAUGAUGACGUAGAGGAGAUUUCAGCGUCUUACCAUGAUUAUGUUGUUUUGACUCGAGGAUUGCUUCGAGGUUCUGUACAAUCUAAAAAUCAAUCAAAUCAUUCUGAGGGUGUAUUAGUUCGAUGUAAUGAGAUGUCAAAAACAGCUUAUCGUCUGUUAAAGCCAAUCACUUCAAUUUUGGAGAAGGAGGAUGAAGGAUUACACUCUGCUGCUGCACUUGGCUUGGCUAAACUUUUAAUCCAUAAUCGUAUUGUUUCAAGUCAUAUUCUUAGUUUACUCUUAUUACUAUGGUUUAAUCCAACUAGUGAGGAUAGUCCACAGUUACGUCGUGGAUUGGCCUCUUUCUUCUCUGAUUACGCAUGUCCUAAUGGAAUGGGGAUAGAUGCUUUUGAACAUCAGUCAGCACUGGCUGAUGCUGUCCUGCCUACACUAACCACAUUGAUUCGUGCACCAGCAUGUUCACCAUUAUCUGAAGUUGACGCACAAGAUGUGGCUAGUCUACUAGCUCGUCUAACGGAUACAACUUUUUUAAUGAGAAAUCAAUCAAACCCAAACGAUGUCUCCACUGUGGUUGGUACUGAUCCAGAAAGGCCUACAGAUACUGAUGGUGAAGAUGGAUGUCCAAGUACAGGUGAAUUAGAGCCAGUGUCAAUUGUUGUACCAGAGAGUGAGAAAAUUAACAAUCCACAUCAUGAUCGAUUGGUAACAAUUCUGACCAAUGAAGUAUUGAAAGCUCCUCAGUCAGCUGAGGCUAAAUUAUAUCUUCGUAUGCUUUUUCGGCUACGACCGUCUACGCAUAAUAUUCAGAUUUAUAAAGAAUUAUUGAAACUUAUCGACUCUAUGGCAAAGUUUACUGAUGGAUCAUUGAAGUUGAAUCUUCAUCGUUUCCGUAAACAACUUGUUGAAAAAAUGCAACGUCUUGGUGUUGAUCUAUCUAAGCUGAAUGAAACAAUUAAACCUCAAAAUGAUGAUGGUGAUAAUGGCAAGGACAAAUUGACUGCUUCAUCAUCUCAUCAUGAUGAAUUUAAUGAUGGUGAUAAUACACUGAUAGUUGGUGAAAACGGUGACCAACAACAUCAACCUACAUUACUUGGAUCUGCAUGUGUCAAUUUUCACCUGCUUAGUUCAGCUGGACCAGGAAUUGAAAGAAACCAUGGAAAUGCAACAAUGAUAUUUUCACAAUUGACUAGAACUCUUGCUAGUUGUGGUGGUGGUACUUCGUUGUUAGAUAGGUCAUUGCAGCAGAACAUAAUGGCUUUUUCCGAUGACGAUGAUGAUGACUCAAAUGUUACACCUACACCAGUCCCUAGUACAGUUCCCCCAGUUCAAAGCAAAUCAAAGAAGGCGAAUUCAACUACUUGCCAGAGAAAGGAGAAGAAGAAGAAGCGAAAGUCAAGGGAUGUGAAUUCACGAAACGUUCCACGUAUUAGAGCUAAUCGUGCCAAUCGUAUAUCAGAGACUUCUAAUGAUGAUGAUGAUCACGACGAUGCCGACAAAAGACCAAAUAAUUCUUCUGUUAGUCAUUCAGCACCCUCUCGAAACCGUAAUCGAACUCCUAAAAACUCUCGACAAUCUGUUACACCAUCUUCAAUGUCAAGAAGAUCAAGUGGAUGUGGAAGAUUGACCCGUUCUUCUCUUCGUAGAUCAAGUCGAAGAUAGUUGGACAUAUUGAUUACUUGUGUAUCAAUUUGCUGAUAUAAACUAUUUCACAUUGUUGUUUAUUUACUCUGUAUUCAUGAGAGGUGUUCCUUACUACUUUUCAGUGAGUACUCAUCAGAUGAAAUAUACUAUACUCUUUAA